UCUCGUUAUAGUAUGUGACUUCGCUUCGUGGACUUAAACGCGCUCGACAUAGUCCAAAUUCCGAAUUUGCUUUAUCCAAUUUGCUUUACGUCCACAAAUUUUAUAAUGCACAAUCAACAGUCCGUAGUUGUGCGUAAUGUGCAGUCAGUGCAGUGUGAUAUUAUAGACAGUGCUUGUUUUUUGUGGCUUCAGGAAACAAUUUAGAGGUUUAUUACUGAAUAUAUACUUAAUUUGUCCUGAGACGACUGCUAUAAAGAGAAAAAGAAAAUCUUAGCAGAUCUCGAGCAACCUCGAGGUUAUUCGACUAUUCGAAGAAAGACUAUAUGUUUAAGCACGAUUGUAUAACCUAAAAUGGAGCACACUAUGCCAUUUUUUCUAACAGUCGCGCAACGUAUAUUCAGUAAUUGGACAGCAUUAAAAUUGGCAGUGGAACAUGAUAUGGGUUCAGUAGAAUGUGCAAGAGAAUUUUGUUCAUAUAUGACAGAAGUAGUGUAUAUAAAUGAAGGACUAAUCAGUAGCGAGAUUGCAUCUGUACUAGACGAUUAUAUGGAUGAUCAAUUUAACACAGAAGUACAGGACGACAGCAUUAUGCAAGUAGCAGAGGAAUUGUUAAGGUUUCGUCGAUAUUGCAUGGAAGGCAAUGAAUCUACAGCAAAAAUGGAAUUUGAAAAAUUACCACCAUUGCAGUCAUGGUUGUACUCGGAACAACCAUCUGAACCUAUUAGUUCUCAGUCAGUGAAACAUCAAUCCAGCAGUUCAAAUGAGGAUAUGGACAUAGAUAAGAAUGAACAAGAGAAUGAUGAAUGGACAGUAGUCACAAACAGGCGAAGCAAAUAACUUCCAAGUUCUUUUUGUAUGAAAGAUAUCUUUAUUUAGCUAUUUUUUGUGUGUAUAUAAAAGAAUGGAAAGACCCAAAAAGAGAGGCAGACAGGCAUAUAACGUUACAACGUGAUAUGCGCACAUUCGUUCCACAAUCAUACGAAUUUUAGCGCUAUUAUCAAUUACCUACAAAAAUAUUUUCACCUAAGCAGC